GAGGGCAAAGAGGAACAGGAGUUUAAAGUUACCAAACUAGGGGCGUGUCACCCUUCUCUCCCUCUCUUUCUGUGUCUGUCUUUCUCUCAUGAUAAACUCAAUGGGGGUGUCUAUUUUUAACCUCGUGUUCUUUCCUUCUGGCAGAGCAAUCAGCGCUUAGCUGAGCCCUUUCACGGAAUGAGGCCAAGUCACCCGGUUUGUUGCCUUUUCCAUUGACCAGGAGAUUCACACGGCUGCAGAGGGGGAACCGUGUCACAUGAAGCCCCGUUCUGUUGCCCUCACAACACAAUGUCGAGCACGGACGGUUCUGAGGGCAGCCCACCAUCCACAACAACAGUUAGCUCCGUUCUUGUUCAGGCUGGCAACUGCAGGAUCAUCAUCGCUUUACUGAAGUGUGGGAAAUGGGUGCAGCUCCAGCUAGCGGAAUCAGUUCCAAAUUUAUUAGAAAUUGGCAGUAAUCAAGAAGAGACCAAAAAAUUACUGCAAGAUCAUGAACUUCUGCUGGCUAAGCUUAAGCCUUUGGAAGGCCAAGUUUGGGAACUGUUAUGUGAAGCAGACAAAACUGCAGCAGAAAAUAAAGAUCAAGAACCUGUGUAUGACGCCAUGGCAGAGACGCUGGGAGACGCUUGGGAGUCUCUGGUUCUUGUUCUAGAGAAGCGCAGAGCACUUCUGAAACUUACUUCAGAUUUUUUUGAAAAUGCUCUGGAGUUUGCUAUCAAAAUUGACCAAGUUGAAGAAUUCCUGCAAAAUUCCCAAGACUUUGAGAACCCUGAAUCUCUGAAAGCCCUCCUGCAUCAGCAUGAACAUCAUACAAAAGAACUACUGGAAAAGUCGCUGGUCCUCUUGAACAAAAGCCAUGACCUUACCGAAUUUAUAGAAGAAUUCAAAUCCGAUGGGCCGAAUAUAAAUCCAGAAUUUGUUCAAGGAGCUCACAGUAGCUGCUUGAAAAUUGAUUGUCUCCUUGAAGUCCUGCAAGACAGGAGGAGGCACCUGGACAAAUACCUGAAGCUGCAGCGCCAAGGACUGGAACAGGUUUUACAGAUUUGUCAGUGGCAUCACCAGGAAAACCAGAUAACCUCUUGGUACAAGAAGACUAUCAAAGAUUAUUUCCAUAAGCAAAACCUUGGGUCGUCUUUAAAAGAAAAUGAAGAGCUAUGUCAGGAGCACAAAGAAAUGGAAAAUAAAGUUAAAGAAUGGAACUGUGCUAUGGAAGACUUAAAAUCGGAUGCCCUCAAGAUCCUGUUCUCUGAGGACUAUGCUGAAAAAGAGCACCUAAAGCUGUCAAGUCAGAAAAUGAACCUGCUGCAAGACGAAGUGAAUCGCUGCAUGGAGGAACGAAAAGCCUGGUUGCAAGAAGCCAACGACUUCUUCACAGCAGCCAAGAAGGCACAAGAUUUACUUGGAAAUGCAGAGGCUUCCCUUAAGCUUCUCAGCUCUGAAGGUCUAAGCAUGCCAACCUUGGCAGAAAAGCACAUGGAGCUCCAGAAGGAAAUUAAAGAUGGCACAGCCGAUGCACUGCAGAAAGGACACAUCUUACUUAGCAAAGGAGAUGCACACAGUUCUUGGAUGAUGAGUAUUCAGGAAAUGGUAGACUGCCUUCAGGAAAAAGUAAAUCAGUGGACAAAACAGUGGCCAGCUCACGAGGAGUUUGCAUCCAAAAAGCAUCAUUUAACCACCUCCUUAGAUGAUUACCUAAAGAAGGCCUCUGUAAAGAUUAAAAACAUUGGCCCAGUACUCUCUGCUGCAAUUGAUCCUGGCUCAUCUGUGCCUGAAUCACAGGAAGUUCUGAACAGAUAUUUAGAGUUGGCGAAUCAAACCAAGGAGAUGACCAACGAUCUAGAAUUGGCUGUGAGACUUCUUAGGGAGAUGGAAGAAUUUGAAACCACAGACGUGGCAGCUUUUUCCAACAAAACUGACCUUCUAAAUGAAGAACUGGCAACACUUAACAGAAAUAUCGGCUUAAAACUGGAAAUCCUGAAACCUUAUGUAGCGUUUUUGAAGUCGUCAAAUGAGGCUGGAGAUGAUGCCCACAAGUUGAGAGAGUUCUACAUAACUGAAUCUGUUCAAGACAGUGAAUUUGUAAAUGAGAUUGUGAUGCAGUCAGCUGACAUUCAAUGGCAGACGGUUCUAAAGAAGAUUCUAUCCACUCAAGAUAUGGGGCAUGACUUUUUAAAUUUAGUAAAAAUGGUGAAUGACAACCUAAUACUGAAUGUGGAAAAUGUUGUGGAAGUCACUGAGCAUACUAUUGGUAUUCUGAACAAAGAAAAGGAAGAAUUAACACAUCUUUGGGCAGCGUGGAAACUUAAUAUGGAUCAAGUGAAAUCCAUCAAGCAACAGUGUGGGAAAUUUAAUGAGCAAUUUAAAUAUACUAUACAAAGCUUAAACACUCUUCAAGAGGCACUCAGGUCUGCCGUAGGAUUUGAUCUUGGAAGUAACCUUGCAAUACUUGUAGAGCUGCAAAAUAAAUUUCAUGAAAUGAAGCCGCAGUUUCAGCAACUCAAUGCUGAAGUGGAAUACACAGUGAAGUUAUCAGAGCAACUGAGCUUGAAAGGAGUUCCUGAUGUGGAGAAGUCCAAGAAAAUAAGUGAGCUUAUUCAUCUCCAUAAGGAGAUAAAGGAUAAGAUGACCGAGUAUGAUGAACUUUUCAACAAGACAGUCAAAUUCCACCGUGUCAAAGAGGAACUUGAAAGUCUGAUAAAAUCAGAAAAAUUGGAGAUCUCUGAAGAAAAAGAUGUGCCUCGUGACGCCUCCCAUACUAAGCUCCACCUGAAUGAUGCUCAGGAGAAGCACGCACAUAUCAGGCACUUGUACAGAUCGGCACUCACACUUGGAAUGGAUAUAAUUGCCUCAGUAAAACAUCCUAACCUGCAGCAGCAGCUGGCCACGCUCGAGUCUGAAAGCAUCCACUGGGGUUCCAAGGCUGACAAGUAUGAGGAAGAGCUGUCACACACCCUCCAUUUCUGCACCACCAGAGAUGAGAUACAUGAGCUCAGGGAAUCAUUUAAAGAUCUCAAGAAGAAAUUCAACAACAUGAAAUUCAACUACAGCAAGAAAACAGAAAGAGCACGAAACCUCAAGACACUAAGAAUUCAGAUUCAGCAAGUUGAGGCAUAUUCUGAAAAAAUGCAGGUACUGAAGAAAAAGGCAGAGAAUUUAAAGAAGAAAAUCUUAGAUUCAUUCGCAACCCUCCCAAGUGAUAAAGCCGAGAUCCUUUCUGAAUCCAUUAAUGAAUUAGAGAAACAGCUGAACGAAUUUGGCAAGACUUUGGAGGAUUACAAACAAAACUUAAAUCUCAUGGAACACCUGCAGCAGAUGAUGGAAGAGUGUCAGUUUUGGUGUGAAGAAACAAGUGCUACAGUAACUAGAGUUGAAAAAUAUUCAUCAGAGUGCAGGACAAGAGAAGCGGUAGAAAUACUUUACAAGCAAUUCAACAAAUUUCUUGACCCUAUUGUCCCUCAACAGGAGGAAAGAAUUCAGCAGAUUACUAAUCUUGCUAAGGAUUUAUAUGGUACUGAAGAAGGAAAGAAGUAUGUUGAAAAAAUAGCAACAAAACACAAGGAAGUUCUAGAUUCUGUCAGUGAAUUGUGUAGUUCCCUAAUGGAACUGGAAGAUAAGCUUGGGGAAGGCUCACUAGAGGAAAAAACACCAGAUUCCGAUACUGUUGUUGGUGAGAUCGAAGCUGAACAGGAAAUACAGAAACAGCAGAUAGAGAAGGACUAUGUAAAAGAAAAGGCAAAGGAGCAGGAAGAGGAGGCUUUGGCCAAUCCUUCAGUCAUCUGCCCAACCGGUGAGGAUUCUGUUCCACCGGACCCGGAACGUUCAUCUCCUGCCAAAGAGGACAGCUUUCAGGCUGAGCUGCUGGCAGAAGACAUGCCCUCUGGAGAUGAAUAUGAGUGUAUAUCCCCCGAUGAUAUCUCUUUGCCACCGCUUUCCGAGACCCCAGAAUCCAACCUUCUGCAUUCUGAGACGGAGCUGGAAGAGCCCUCUUGCUGUAGUUCGCGGAGCCUGCAUGUCAGCUCUUAUAGUGUGCAAAUGCAGAUAAACGCUAGCGGUAAAAGAAUGGCUGAGGAAUCUGAUCCCUUAACCCCUGCUGCUUACGCUGACCUGCCUGAUGGUGGUCACAGGAAGGAAUGUAUGUCCGACCAGCUAGAGAGAUAUUCUUCCUCUACCUUAAGCUACUCCUCUAAAUGUCAAGUGGAAUCCCCUUUUGCUCAGAGUUCCCCAGAACUGCCCGAAACCAGCCCUCUUUCCUGCACGCCUGAAGCAAAGCCGGCCUACUGCAUGUCGAGUGAAGUGUGUGAGACGCAUCUGCAGUGCCAUGAGGUUCGCCGAAGCACAGGAAAAGUGCAGAGACAAUUGCAUGACAGAAAUAACUUGACUAAAAAACAGGGCAGGCUGCAUGCUUCACCCAACGCAUUCUCAGAUCUCCUGUUUCAAUCAGACGCCACCAGAAGCUGUCAGAGGCAGAUGGUCACUCGAGAAGAGAUUAAAAGUACAUCUGAAAAGAACAGCAUGGUCAGCCUAUCUGGACAGGCGCCUAGCUUCUCCAAGCUUCUGUCUAAUGUAACUGUCAUGGAAGGUUCUCCGGUGACUUUGGAAGUAGAAGUAACAGGAUUCCCAGAGCCUACACUGACCUGGUACAAGAAGGGCCAGAAAGUGACUGGAGAUGAGCGCUUAGAACUCUUACACAAGGACACAAAGCAUACUUUGUUCAUUCAGAAGGUGUGUGACACAGAUGCUGGCCUCUAUGUGGUUCGGGCUAAAAAUUCUACCGGCACGGUCUCCUCAAGUGCCGUCCUCCGUGUGAAAGUACAAGGAAAACAACCACACUUCAUUAGAAAAUUUGGACAUGCUGCUCUGCAAGAAGGGGAUGAUUUAAGUCUACACUGUACAAUAAAUGGAAGACCAAGGCCAAACGUCACUUGGACAAAAGAUGGCAUGACAGUGGCAGCAAAAGAAAUUAGUAUGGAGAAGUUAGGGGAUACCUAUUACCUUUUUAAAAGAAAUGCAGCCCUUGCUGACACUGGAAAAUAUAUGUGCCUCGCCACUAAUGAACUCGGGGAGGCAGACUGCUCAGCUUUCAUAAGAGUAAUAGAGAAGAAUAAAAAUGUACAUGUUCACCGUGCAACUGAGACUAAGUCAAAGCAAGAGAGGGACUCUUUGUCACAAAAAAUGAAGGCUGCCACACCUGAAGCAACCCAAGGUCAGAAUUCGCAUGGCUUGAGAAGUCAAAGGCAACCUAAAAAGCCUUCUGUGAGGUGUUGAAUGAACCUGAUGGGAUAAUGGAUUUGUUUAUCUAAUUUUGUCUUUGUAACCCCGGGAAGGGGAGAUAGGCCUGUCUGUCAAUAAAACAGUAGAAUAUAAGACAUGGUGGCUCUUUUAUCUUUUUCCUCCACAGUACAAAAGCAUAAAUACCAAUCUGUUUGUGGGCCUGUUAUAUCUGAGCAUGUAAUGAGAAAUAAACUUCAGGAAUGUAACUCAAUCACAAGUGAAUAAAUAAAU